GCGUCAAAUUAUUGACAAUCUCUCGCUCUCCUUUCUCAAUUUUACACACUGAUUUGGUCAUCGAUUUCAAUCGCAGGAAAUAUUUUUGCCAAAAGCAAAUAUCAAUUUUGCUCUGUUUUGUGCUUCCUUUGUUGUUAUCCUUCUUGAAUUUAAAUGUAAAAAGCUAAGAAUGAAGUGAAAAGAAUUGAUAAGCAAGGGGAAGAUGAGUGUUUCUUUGACUGUGAUGACCUUUAAUCUUCUGGAAGAUCAACCCGAUGACAGCCCCAAUUCAUGGGAAAAGAGGAAGAAUCUGUGUGUCACAGUCAUUACUAGUUAUUCCCCCAUGAUUCUUUGCACUCAGCAAGGUUCGUUUCUGUUUUUCCUUUGCCUGAUUUUAAGUUUUAAUGGGAUUCUGUUCCUAAUUUGGCUUUCUGCUUUUCUGCGCAAGGUUAGGGGUGAAGUCGCAGUUGGACUAUCUGCAGCAAUGCUUGCCUGGCACACUUAUGUUGGCCAAAAGGGUAUGAACAAUUUGGAAUCUCGCGGAAAGGACCCGAAGAUACUUCCGAUCAGCACUGCACAAUCUUUUAUGACAAGGAAAAGGUUGAGCUACUCGAAGGUGGAACUUUUUGGCUCUCAGAAUCUCCCUCAGUUCCUGGUAGCAUUUCGUGGGCUUCUACAGAUCCUUCUAAAAGGUGUCGAGCCACCUGGCUUUUCAUUUCAGAUAGUCAACACGAACAUGGAUGAGUUUAGUCCUCGUGCCCGUAGGCGUGGGGCCCUGCUGACAUGGCAGCACAUUGCUUCGUUGCCUCCAAACUUGCCCGUACUGUACUGCGGAGGUUUCAACACACAAAAGGAAUCGACUGCUGGACGUUUUCUUCUUGGAAGAUCGAGGGAACACGGCGUAGUAGGUGAUAUGAGGGACGCUUGGCCCAGUGCUCGUGUAAGGAAAAAUGUGCCUUUGAUCCGAACAUACCAUGGAUUUAAAGGUGAUAAACAAGGUACUGUCGAAUUCUUGAAAUUGAUAUUUAGAGCACUUUGCCUUUGCUGGGAUCGGCAAACUCAGGAUUUGCACGUGGACUGGAUUCUUUUCAGGGGCAGAUCAUUGAUCCCAGUCUUGUGUGAAGUCGUGAGUGAUAAUGUCGAUGGUUAUUACCCUUCGUCUCAUUACCCUAUAUUUGCUGAGUUUAUGCUUCCGCGUACUGUGAGGCUGGCCGAGACGCCUGCUCAAGAUUGAAAUUUAAAUCUACAUUUUUGUUUUCACAAAUUUGCCAGUUUCCUAAGUUGAGAUAUCAUUUUUGUUGCGGUGUUUUGUCGAUUGUGGUUCAAUGAUAUUUGUUGGUUAUGGUUUAUGGAAUAUGAACCUUGGGUUUUGACCUUUUGCUAGACUUACCCAUUUAGUUGGAAUUCCUUAAUUGAUGAUGAUGCCAACAUCAUUGUUCUAAAUUAUUUGUGGCAUUUAGACCUUUUAAAUGUAAAAUAAUCGUUUUCAUGUCAACUAGUGCACAACCCGCGGUGCGUAUAUGGAGGAGCUUGUAGCUUAAAACUUUUUUUAAGACACUAUUUUAAAUAGA